AUGGCUAUUGGAAGUGAGCUAAUCGAGGCAAUGCGUCGUCGACGGUCGCUGUCGCUCAUGACGUUCAACCUCCUAGCUCCGUGCUAUUUCCGACACGGUGGUCGUUUGGAGAGUGAUUAUUCAACUUCUUUUUUAGCUCGCGCCCAAGCCGCCAUCAGUGCCAUCAAGCGCGAAAAGUGCGACGUCAUUUGUCUGCAAGAAUUUUGGUUCGACCACGAUUAUCAAUGCGCCUUCCGCCAAGCGUUCCAGCGGACACACCAAAUUCACACAGUCAAACGACCAGGCGAUAAGCAGGACGGACUCGCUAUAUUCGUGGAUAAAAGCAAGCUGGAGGUUCAUAAUGUAGAAAGUGUCGAUCUUGUGGAGGAAGCGGGCGACCGCGUGGCGCUGCUUCUGCAUGUGGCAACAAAAUGGAACCGCAAGAUAGUGCCACUGAGUCAGCGCUCAUUAUUGAUCGUCAAUUCGCAUUUGACAUUCCCUCACAGUGACAUGUACACGAGUCUGCGUCUAAAUGAAAUCAAUCGCGUGCUUUUGGCAAUGCGCAAACUCGUAACAAAUCACAAAUUUUACAGUAUAUUUGCUCAUUUACAUGGGCGAGAGGCGCGAAUAACUCACUGUAAUCACAACAACAGCGAGGUGAGUGUCGACUUUAUCUUCAGCAAUAGGAUAAAAAUUGGUCAAGAAAUCAAAGGCGAUGGAAUUGUUCGUGAUAAUUCUAUACUGCACCUUCAACCCGUCGACUGCCACCUCGUGCCACGUCAAUUGCCGGACGUUGCACGCUUAAAGCGUCCACAGUUUGGACACGACUGGCACUCUGUGCAGUCACCUACAUUACUAAGAGAAGAAAGGGAUCUCGUCGAUUACUGGCGGAUGGUAUCGGACCAUCGGCCGUUAGUAGCCAAAUUUGACAUGACUGAACGUUUUAAAGAGACCAGUCGAAACUAA